GAUGUCUGAGGCGUUGUCACAGCAGGAGCGACUCCAGGCUAUAGCGGAGAAGAGGAAGAGACAGUCAGAGAUCGAGAAUAAGAAGCGGCAGCUGGAGGAUGACCGUCGCCAGCUCCAGCACCUCAAGUCCAAGGCGCUGAGGGAGCGGUGGCUGUUGGAUGGAGUGCCCUCUGGUGGCCCGGAGGAGGAUGCGGCCAAGAAGCAGCUGCAGGAGGACGAGGACAAAACCAGAGCACUAGAGGACACCAUCAGCAGACUGGAACAGGAACUGGAGGAGCUGGAGACGGGGGUGUCUGCAACAUCCACCAAAGAGAAUCUGUCAGAUGCCACCAAGGAGGAGAGUCAGACAGCCGACAGCAUAGUGUCUGCUGCCUCAGUAAAAGCGAUGUACUCUGUGGAGAUCACGGUGGAGCGGGACAGAGUGACUGGCGAGACCAAAGUGCUGUCCAGCAACACCGUGCUGCCCAAGCACCUGCUGCACGGCGUCAAGGUGUACGAGGACGCGCAGAAAGUGGUGCAUGAGGUGCGUGAGGUGGACGGGCUGGUGGUGGCUAACGGCGUGCACCAGCUGAGCUCCUCUGAGGUGGAGGAGCUGAUCCUGAAAGCUGACGAGGUGGUGCUGAGCCCCAACCCCGACGCCCCCGUCACCCCCACCCCCACCCCCACCCCCACCCCCACCCCCGCUGCUGCCCUGUCCAGCGCUGCUGAUGCGGGGGCCGGCGGCUCGCCCGUGAUGGAGAUCCGGGGGAUGGAGACCUUGCCGGAUGGGGGUGGUCCGGAGGCGGUUGCCGUGGGCGACGUGAGCACGGAGAACCCCGUCACCAUGGUGUUCAUGGGCUACCAGAGCGUGGAGGACGAGGCGGAGACCAAGAAGGUGCUGGGGCUGGAGGGGACGGUCAAGGCCGAGCUGGUGGUCAUCGAGGACGGGGAGAACAAGACGGUGGGCACCGCCGCAUCCGUUACCACAGCAACCGCGUCCGCCGACGCCCAGCAGAGCAAGGAGGCCUCCGCAGAGCAGGCCCCGCCCAACGGCAGCACGGCAGAGCCAAUCAAAACCCCCGAGGAGAAGGAGGGGGCGGAUAAGGGAGGAGCCGAGGCCACAGGGGCGGAGCUUAACAACAAGGAGAAGCAGCGGUGCAAGUGCUGCGUGAUCAUGUGAUCAGCGGUGUGGUCAUGUGAUCAGCUGUGUGGUCAUGUGAUCAGCUGUGUGGUCAUGCGAUCAGCUGUGUGGUCAUGUGAUCAGCGGUGUGGUCAUGUGAUCAGCGGUGUGGUCAUGUGAUCAACUGUGUGAUCAUGUGAUCAGCUGCGUGGUCAUGUGAUCAGCUGCGUGGUCAUGUGAUCAGCUGUGUGGUCAUGUGAUCAGCUGUGUGGUCAUGUGAUCAGCUGUGUGGUCAUGUGAUCACGAGGGACUCCGCCCCCUCAGGCCACUACUUGGCACUGACUUUUCAUUAAAUAAAAAAAAAACAACAGCCACAAACAAACAAACAAACAAACAAACACAAACAACCAAGCAAACAGAAACACAACAACAACACAAGAAAAUCAAAUAAUAAAUGUUCUGUACCUUUUGAUAGAAAGCUGUUGUUCCCUACUUUAUUACUUUAUUACUUUAUUACUUUAUUACUUUAUUUUCUGUUUUCCAUGUCUGACCCUUCUGACAGCUCCUGCUUCCCAGCUUUGUAACUUGUGUCUGUUUUCUCUGAUUUUCCUUUUCUAAUACUCUGUUGUUGAGCCCUGCCAUCGCUGCCCACUCUCCUGCGUCUCUACUCUGAUAUUGAGAGGUCAAAGGUUAAAGAGAGAGACCGUAACCAAGGUGACCGCCCUGGUUUCUUAGGUAUCAUGUUGUGUUCCCCAAUGAAGCGUUGGUGGGUUUUUAAAGACAACGUCUCUUAUACACAGGCAGUUUUGUAGUCUUACGUUACUCCACUGAAGGACAUAAAUAUCUCUAUAUAGCUAUAUAAUAUAUAGAUCGCAUUUAUUUUGAAAUAUAUAUUUAUUUGAGUUUUGUUUUUUUUUCUUUUGGAAGGAGUCUGUUAGUGUUUUGUGUUGUGAGAGUGUCGUCCUUCUGCAGCAGUGUGGUGAAGAGUGUGUGUUCUCUCUGGUGACGAGUGUGUGUUCUCUCUGCUGAAGAGUGUGUGUUGUCUCUGGUGACGAGUGUGUGUUCUCUCUGCUGAAGAGUGUGUGUUCUCUCUGCUGAAGAGUGUGUGUUCUCUCUGCUGAAGAGUGUGUGUUCUCUCUGCUGAAGAGUGUUUGUUGUCU